AAUAGGGAAAGUGUUCUUAGGACCGAUAUUUUUCAAAAAGGAUUGAUCUGAAAAGUCAACAAUCCAAAAAUUAAUAUUUAUCCGGUGAAACAAAAUUUUAAUUCAAUUAAAGAGUAAAUCUCAAAAACAUCUUAAAACCAAGGAACCUAACCCCCUAUUAAAAAAAUGGAAAAAUUCUCUAAAAGUUUUUCAAAAUACGUAUUUCCCUCUGACCCAUCGUUUGGCAGACUCGGUUCAAUCGAUUAUAAUCUCAAACUCUUACAGUGGUUCGGACUGCCAUUGUUUGGAUCCCCCGGUGAAUUCAACCGUCCCCUCUUCAUCUGUGGUUUAAUAUUUUUAAUCUUCGUCAGGCUACCCUAUCAUAUUUUUGAGAUUUACGACUUGAUCACAUGCUGGAGGAAUUUUAAUGACAUGAUUCAAAACGUGUGCAUGUCAUUUCUACAUCUUGGAAUGACUCUUAAAAUGAUUAUGAUUUUCGGGAGACUCCAGGACUUCUACAAAAUAAUCGACACAUUUCGAAAAUUAGCUAAAAAAUACAUCAAGUCUGACAAGCAAAAAGAUGUAUUUUCUUGGAUGGAGUUUGAGAGCAAAAUUUCGCUGACAAUUUAUGGCAUCAUUCCUACAAUCGCUUCGUCUUAUGGAUUUUGUUUGGUCAUGAGAAAUCCAUCAGGAGUUGUCGGCCAUAAUUUGCCCUACAGAGCUAAAAUGCCAGAAUUUGCCCCUUCGACUUUGCAAUAUUUUUACAUUCCCCUCUCGAAUGCAAUCAUUGGAUUUCAAAUUGUCGGAAUUGAUUAUCUCAAUGUGGCAUUUAUCAAUUUGAUCCGUUGUCAAUUGCGUGUUUUGAAUAUUUCGUUUGAUCAACUAAACGAGUCGAAAGGUCCAGUGACUGUCGAUCCAUAUAAUCAUCUGAAGAAAAUCAUCGAGCAUCACACAAUUAUUUUAGACAUUCGAAAUCAAAUAGAAAGCAUUUUCAAAUUUCCAAUGCUCGUCCAAUUCAUCGGUUCUUUGCUGAUUAUCGCUCUGACAGGAUCUCAAGCUUUGAUUCAGAAAGAAACUUCAGGAUUGGUUAUGGUCUAUUUGUACACUGGAUGUAUUUUAGCUGAGCUUCUGGUUUAUUGCUGGUUUGGAACACAGAUAUCAGAACAGAAUGAAACAUUAGCCUUGAGGGCUUAUGCAACUACGUGGUAUAAUUUUGAUGUGAAUUUUAGAAAGUCUUUGGUAAUUCUCUUGAUGAAUGCCCAGAGGCCAUUUUGUUUUACAGCCGGUGGAUAUUUAGAUCUUAGUUUGAUGACUUUUAGCAGGGUUAUAAGCAAGGCAUUCUCAAUAAUGGCUGUUCUUCUGCAAGAGUAUAGUGAUGGUUGAUUCUAAACACGCAGUAAUACAUAAUUGAUAUAGAUUUAGGAAAAUAUUCGCGCACUUAGAAAAUAGUUAAGAAAAUUUUAUUUGCACACAAGAAAUAAAAGCCCGGGUUGAACAAGCUUAAAAAAAUUUAUUAGGACGCUCCUCAUGGAUUCCCGAUUCAUAUUUUAUCCUCCAUGAAAUCUGGCACUAAGGACUUUAAGUUGGCAACACUAUUUCAACCGGCAGCCAUUUUGUCAGAUGUCAAGUGAUUUAUUUUAGGUUGGGUUUGACAUUUCAACAUAAAGAAACUGUCGCCUGAACAACGCUUGUAAAUUGUUAAAACUUGAAAAUUAUGAUUCUGUUUGAAAAACGUAAAGAUCAACAUUUGUUUAGCUAUGAAGCUAAUUUUAGGUUGAAUGUAUACGUCAAUAAACAAAACUCCGUAUUUAUAGUAAUGGCAAUCCUCAA